GCCACAGACAAGACCCUCAUGGCUAGCCUCACACACAAGCAGAACCGGCAAGGGAUAGCAUCUCUCAAAGCAUGUCUGGACUCAAUGUUUCCCUCGGGUACUUUCUGGCUGUUACAGCGUUUGGAGCCUCAGUUAGAGCCCUGUUCAGUAGAUGGCCCCGCCUGAAUUUUGUUCUGGAGUUCGCUUCCUCAUUUAUGCUUGUAGCAUGCUGGCUUGAAGUGCAAACCAUCGUAGACAUUGGUCAGUGGGCAGGAGGACUUGGCCCAGAUGUGACUCUGACCAUACUGUUUGUGAUGCUGCUGACCCAUGGUAUUGUCUGUGGUGGUGCCACUGGGAAUCCCUCUCUGGUUCUGAUGAGGUUCCUGCUGCUGGAGAGCUCCACCCUGCCCACCGUUCUGGCUGUGGCGGCCCAUUUCCUGGGUGCACACUUGGGCCUGCGGGUGGCUGUCUACUACUGGAAUCUGGAACUCACCGACAUGCACAUGAUCAAAAACCUGAUGUCAAGGGAGUGCAGUCCGGCGCUGAAGGUCUCCCUGCUUCAGGGAGUCUUCACCGAGGGAGUGUCUGCACUCAUCUUUUACAUCAUCUACCUGUUCCUGAAUCGCAGGUCUGCAUUUCUCCGGGUUCCUGUUGUUGCUCUCACGCUCACAUUCCUUUUCCACGUGGCUAGUGAAUAUACCUCAGCCUUCCUGAACCCUUCCCUGGCCUACGGACUUACCUUCUCCUGUCCUGGGUUCACUUUCAUGGAGUAUUCUGUUGUCUACUGGUUAGGACCCAUUUUAGGAAUGGCCCUGGGCCUGGUAUUGUAUAUGGGCCACAUCCCCAGGAUCUUUGCCAGGAACUUGUUUUAUUCCCAGAAGACACGUUACAGAGUGCCAAAGGGGGACCAAGGAGAGAAAAAGAAAAAGUGAAAGCAUACACAUGUACAGUAUUUGCAUUUUAUUUAGCUGUGUAUCAGGAACAAUAAAAAA